AUGGAGUCGCCAAGCAACAACAACUGUCCUCGACUCUGUGCAAGGGGAUGCGGUUUCUAUGGAAGUUUUGCAACCAACAGUAUGUGUUCCAAGUGCUACCGUGAUUAUCAGAAAGAAGAAGAGCUUCUUGCCAAGUUUAUUGCAGCGCCGAGCGCGGUGGCUCCGGUGGACAAAACCCUAGACGUCGACUCUGUAUCUGCUAACAAGUCGUCGUCGACUAGUACAACUAGUGAUGAUCAGCCAUCUGGUGUGACAAAUAAAAAGAACUGUUGCCAGAAUGAGAGCUGCGGUAAAAGUGACAAAACUUGCAAAACCUCACUGAAAUGA